CCAAUGAGCCAACUAUCUCGAUAGCCUCAUCAGCAACUGCGAUGGGCCAUCAACAACCCAAAUCCACGACGGAAGCGCUGCCGUUACUCCGCCGCAUCGUAAGCUUCGACGCCACCGUCUCCCUCUACAUCCACACACUCACAAGACCCAUAGCCUAUAGACCCUUCCUACGCCUCCUAGAGCUCUUCGCCGACUUCCGUUUCUUCUUCCCCGUUUCCCUCUCCGUCUUCCUCGCCACCCCCUCAUCUUCUCCGCUCCGUUCCCAACUCCUCCUCCCUCUCAUCCUCGGCUCCCUCCUCGACCUCCUCUUCAUCGCUCUCCUCAAAUUCCUCGUUCGCAGAUCUCGCCCCUCAUACUCCAACCACGACGAGUACAACGCCGUCGUUCCGGUUGACAACUUCUCCUUCCCCAGCGGUCACUCCUCUAGGGUUGUCUUCAUCGCCUCCAUUUUUUACCUCUCUCAUCAUUGGAUCAUCGACGCCAUCGCCAAUCUGCACCAUCCACGUGUCGCCAUGCUGAUUCGUCGCUGGAUCGGGGGAGACGAGGUUAUGGCCGUUAAUCUGUUGGUCGCGGCCGUUUGGUCGUGGGCCCUAGCCACUGUGAUUUCUAGGGUUGUUCUCGGGAGGCAUUAUGUUCUCGAUGUCUUCUUCGGAGCUUGCUUCGGUGUCCUCGAAGCUAUGUUCACCUUGCGCUUUCUCAAAUUCCUUUGAUUUGAGGAACAUUCAGGGGCCGUCAAUGGGAAUGGCUUAGGAAAAGAAAAAGAAAAGUAAAACAAAUGGUGGGGAAAAAGACUAUAUUGAUAUUGUCCAUGUCAAGUGUAGUGUGACCUUUGCUCCAAUUAUGAGACUACAGAGAUGAGAGGUAGGGUGUCUUAGGAAAAGCGGGAGAGAGAGAAUCUGAGGGAUAAUAAAUGAAGCAUUAUGAUUUAUGAAGAUGCGUGCUAACGGAAGGGUUCAUCUGUCACAGAAGAGUGAAAAAAAAUGAAAUGCUAAAGAAGUUUUUAGCACAUUUAUUUUGGAUUUGUGAUUGGUAAUCUUCAUGCUCAUAGCCUUUCAAUUCGUAUGUGAUUUUGGGCUGAUGGUGAUGGUUCAGAAGGUUCCUGUUUAUUAAGCAUAAGGAGCUGAGGAUGAGGUUCUUGGAGAAGCUUGUUGACUAAACUCUUGAAGUACAUCUUUUAUUUUUCGUUAGCUUUAUUUUUUUGGAUUGGUUUAUUAGAAUAGUUGCACAUGAAAUAGGCUUAAAAUUGACAACAAUGAAGGCUACAACUUUCUCUUCUGCCAUCCCCUUUUCACCAUCAGAGUUUGUUUGUACUUGUAACCAUUUGCUCUCUCUUUCUCUCUCCUAUGGGGCUUAAAAUGUAAGCAAGUAAAAAGAUGAUUAAAUCUAAGUGGAAGCAAAUUUCUCAAUGUAACAUGUAUGGCUGAAUAUCCAUUAGAUGGAUAAUGGUGCAGAAUCUGAUGGCUGUGUGCUUUUUUCCUGCUAAUGCUUUAGGUUCUUAUGGAGCGCAUUGAGCUUAUGCUACUCGAAGGGAUGGAAUCUUUCUAAUUGAUUUCCAACGGAUAAUGAAGUCAUGAAUGUUUUAGUGCAUUGGCAUCUUGAUCAUCACAGAGAUAAUGUUGGAAACCUUUAUGACUAACAUCUUGCAAAUACUUGUGGUCUCAACUCUUCACUUGAUCAUGUGUUCAGAUUGGAUUUGGAGCUUCAUUGCUGUAAUUAAUUCUUGGGCGUUAACUAUCUGCCUCUCCCUACUCUCCCCUACGGGCAUAUGAUAAUAAGCGUAGACAUGUGAUAUAGCAUGCAUGGUACAGGAGAUCUGUAUAUCAUUUCUUUGCAGCUUUUUGUCUUAUGUUCCAUUCAAACUAUAAGGAUGUAUGAUAUGUAUUGAGUUCUUUGCGCGGUGUGCAAAUUUGCCACUGCUGUCAGAUGUUUCUAAUUUUUGCAGAUGUAGACAAUUUGUUGCAUAUCGU